AUGCUCAGCAUUCGACUUGAUCCGACGACAAGGCGAGAUUGGGAGGAGUACUCUUCGACCAAGGAAGCGAUCACCUUCAAAGAGCUGACGUCAUUCAUCCAGCGACGAGUCACGGUGCUGCAAUCCAUCCAAGCGAAGACCAUCGAAGCGCAACCGUCAACAGCACAGAAGAAGCUAGUUCAACGUUCCGUCUCGAGCCACGGAGCCAGCCAGUUCAAUCUACCGAUCCUCCAACCACGUCUGCGUCUGCCACGGUCGUCGAGUCAAUCAGUUGCGCUUCUACUGGCCGCAAACACCAUCGAUCUACCUGCUACAUCCGUGGACACUUCGACUUGGGACAUGCCACCCAGCAUUCAACUUGCUGAUCCGUCGUUUGACAGCACUAAUCCUGUGGAUAUCAUCAUCGGCGCCGAAAUCUUUUUCGACGUGUUCAAGGUCGCAGGUAGAAUUCCUCUCGGAAACAAUCUUCCAGUUCUAGUUAACUCCGUAUUUGGUUGGGUAGUAGCUGGAAAGUCCACUAUCAGUCCGUCCGUCGCUACCGUCACCGAUAUCCAUAAACUUAUGGAGAAAUUUUGGACAAUCGAGGAAGACAGCUCAUCGACAGCGUACUCCGUCGAAGAAGCAGCAUGCGAGGAACAUUUUCAGCGAACUGUAGCUCGUACCCCGGAAGGACGUUACGUAGUCCGCUUGCCUUUCAAGGAAGACGUGCUUAACCAACUCACUGACAACCGUCGUACUGCUGUUCGUCGAUUUCACUUACUUCAAGGUCGUCUGGUUCGCAAUCACGACCUUCAUCAACAGUACAAGGCAUUCAUCGACGAAUAUCUCCAUCUCGGACACAUGCAGCGCAUCCACGACUAUGAGAAUCCAGCAGUUCAGAACUACUACUUUCCACAUCACGCUGUGAUACGCGAGGAAAGCACGACGACGAAGUUACGGGUCGUCUUCGAUGCCUCGUGUAAAACCCCGAACGGACCUUCGCUCAACGACGCUCUGAUGGUUGGACCAACGGUGCAAGAGGACAUUCGAUCGAUCACGAUGCGCUCCCGAAAGCAUCAAGUAAUGGUAGUUGCCGAUGCGAAGAUGAUGUACCGUCAAGUUCUCGUCGACCCUCGUGACUGCCGAGUCCAACUCAUCGUCUGGAAACCGUCACCGGACCAUCCGAUGGAGACAUACCAACUGAAGACCGUAACGUACGGUACCGCCAGCGCUCCUUUCCUUGCCACUCGGGUACUGAUCCAACUUGCCGACGACGAAGGUCAUCAUUUUCCUCUCGCAGCCAAGGCUCUUAAGAAGGAUGUCUACGUCGACGACCUCUUUUCCGGCGGAAACAACGCAGCAGAAGUAAUCGAACUCAGGAACCAGCUAGAUGCACUCCUAGCAAAGGGUGGAUUUCAAUUACGAAAGUGGGCUUCGAACGACGAAGCAGUACUCGAAGGAAUUCCACCGGAGAAUCGCGCACUAAAGAAUUCCGUAGACCUCGAUCGAGAUCAGGUCAUCAAAACUCUCGGGCUGCAUUGGGAACCAGAUUGCCUUCGGUACAAGGCCGACCUACCAUCCGACACAGCAGAAAAGUCUAUCACCAAACGGAUUGCUCUUUCGCUGAUCGCUCGCCUCUACGACCCCCUCGGCCUAGUAGGCCCCGUCGUAACUGCUGCCAAAGUUUUUAUGCAAAACCUGUGGAUGCUGAAAAAUGACGAUGGAUCAUCGUGGAGCUGGGACAAGGAGUUACCAAUCGAGUAUCAAACCCGGUUUACCAACUACCAGACACAGCUACCGAGACUCAACGAGCUUCGCAUCGACCGCUGUAUCCUGCUACCCGAACCAGAAUCCAUCCAGAUCCACAUCUUUGCCGAUGCCUCGCAACUCGCUUACGGAGCUUGUGUUUAUGUCAGGUCAACUGACGCCUCUGGAAUGGUAAAGGUUGCUCUUCUCACUGCAAAAUCGAGAGUGGCGCCCCUCAAAAAGCAAUCGAUUCCACGACUCGAACUCUGUGGAGCACUUCUAGCAGCGCAACUCUUCGAGAAGGUGAAAUCGUCACUUCAGCUCGACGCAGAAUGCUAUUUUUGGCUCGACAGCACCGUUGUACUCUGCUGGCUCAACGCGUCUCCAUCUGCUUGGAACACUUUCGUUGCCAACCGAACGUCGAAAAUCCAACUUGCUACUCAACAUUGCUCGUGGAAUCAUAUUGCUGGGCUAGAGAACCCCGCGGACUGCAUUUCUCGUGGAAUAGCGGCCGACGCUAUCAUCGGCUUCGAUCUAUGGUGGCAAGGACCUGAAUGGCUUCGACAACCCCAAGAAAGCUGGCCAAUAGCUAAAGGUACGCAUGAUCAACCCUCUGACGCGUUGGAAGAAGCACGCCGAAUCUCCAUAGCAGCACCAUCGUCUCCGAAUGAACCGUCUUUCGUCGACCUGCUCGUCGAAAAAUUCUCCGACUACCAACGUCUUUUGCGUAUAGUAGCAUACUGCCUUCGUUUUCUUCAAAACUGUCGAAAACAAUCCAGCGACCGAGUAAAAUCUACCCUUCUGAAACGAGAGGAGUUGUUAGACGCGGAAAGUUUACUCAUGAGAUUGGUCCAACAACAAGCCUUCAGCGAAGAGUGGAAGCAGCUUCAACAUUCGGAACGAAUAUCAGUAAAGUCCCGCCUCAAGUGGUUCCAUCCAUUCAUCUCGUCCGAACAGCUGAUUCGGAUCGGUGGCAGAUUGGGAAAUGCACAGCAACCGUAUGACAGCAAGCAUCAAAUCCUUCUACCAUCAUCGCAUACACUAUCGUCGCUUUUGGUCCGCAGCUAUCACGAACGACAUCUCCACGCAGCUCCACAAUUGCUCCUCAAUCUUCUUCGACAGCGGUACUGGAUCAUAGGGGCCAGAAACUUGGCCAAGCGUGUGGUCCACAAGUGCGUCACUUGCUUCCGAGCACGUCCUCGAAUGUUGGAGCAGUUUAUGGCCGAGCUUCCUGCAUCGAGAACUACUGCGAGUCGACCUUUUACUGUCACGGGAGUCGAUUAUUGGGGACCGAUCCAGCUCAAGCCUAUACAUCGCCGUGCUGCACCCGGGAAAGCCUACGUUGCUGUUUUUGUUUGCUUUUCCACGAAAGCGGUACAUUUGGAGCUGGUAGCAGACCUCAGCACACCAAAAUUCAUCCAAGCGCUUCGUCGGUUCGUGUCUCGCCGUGGACUUUGUUCGGAUCUGCAUAGCGAUAACGGUCGAAACUUCGUCGGAGCGAAUAAUGAACUCCGAGAUCUCGUCAGUAGCAAAGAGCAUCGCAACGCUAUCACUCAAGAGUGCAAUCAGCAAGGGAUUCGUUGGCAUUUCAAUCCUCCGAGGGCAUCUCACUUCGGCGGCUUAUGGGAAGCCGCAAUACAUUCAGCACAAAAGCACUUCAUUCGUGUCCUAGGGAAACAUACUCUUGCGUUCGAUGACAUGGAAACGUUGCUAUGCCAGAUCGAAUGCUGCCUGAACUCGCGACCAAUUAUUGCACUGAGCGAUGAUCCAACUGACUACGAACCACUCACGCCAGGGCAUUUUCUGACGGGAUCUGCCCUCAAAAGUGUUCCAGACGGCAACUACACUGAUAUAGUAACGAAUCGACUUCGCCAGUGGCAUCUGGUUCAAAAACUGUUCCAGGAAUUGUGGAAAAGGUGGCACCUGGAGUACCUUUCCACAUUGCAACCACGUAGCAAAUGGUGCAAUCCACCUAUUCAGCUGCAGCAAGAUCAGCUCGUCAUUCUUCGCGAUGAGAAUACUACUCCGAUGCACUGGCCGAUGGCAAGAAUUCAUCAGACUCAUCCCGGGCCCGAUGGUGACAUCCGGGUAGUCACCGUCCAAACAUCAACCGGCCGUUACAUCCGUCCGGUAUCGAAAAUUUGCCUCUUGCCAGUGAAAUCAUCGUCCGACCAAAACAUCAACAGCGUAGCCAUCCAGUAA